AUGAGUAGUUUCGAUACUAAAUUGAAUUUUUUGUAAUAAGAAAUCAAAAUACUGACUGAAGAGAAUAAGGAAUUAAGAUAACUAAUUCAGAUGAAUAAAGAGAUUCUUAAAAUAUAUAGAGGACAAACAAGUACUAAUGUAAUAACUAUAAAAAUUAAAUUAGACUUUGCCAAGCGGUCCUUUAAUUACUUUGGAGGUUUGUAAAACUGAGUCUUAUGAAGGUACUGAUAUUCAAAUUAUGCUCUCUCAAUUAAUAGAAGAAAAUUGUAAAUUGUUUUCUUUUAAUGAAGACUUAAUAAAAUAAAGAGAUGAUUUGAGAGCAUAGGUUUUUUGAUUUUAUGAUUGUUAGAAUUUACUUUUGUAAUAAAUAGGAAUAGAAAAUUCUUAAAGAAUAUUGGAUAUUCAAAGUGAGAAAUAAAUAAAGUUGAUUGACCUAUAGAAUUAGCUUCUAGUUAAAGAUAAUCAAAUAAUUGAAUUAAAUGAAUAGUUAUAAAGUUUGCUUUAAAAAAAAAGAAUGAGAACCAAAAUUGUAUUAAUUUAUACAUAUAAAAGCCAAUAUCAAUAUAGAAUGAAUAUUUGACCUUUUAAAACUAAAUGGAAGCAAUGUAUAAAAUGCUCAUCAAAUACUAUGAAGAAAAUAGAUUAUAAAAGUAAGAAAAUAAGAAAUUGUCAAUGAUAAUUGAUAUAGUAAAGAAUGAUAAAAUAGAAGAUAAUAAUAAAUAAUUAAAUGAAUAAAGUCCAAAAUUGAAUGAAUCUAGUUUUGCUGAUAUAUUACCUGCUUAGAUUUCUACUACUCAAAAUCAUUAAAUUCUGAUUCCAAAAUUAAAUCUUGGAAAAGCUUAAAAAAUAUAAUAGUUAACAGUUGAAAAAUAAUUAGAGUAAGAAGAAUAAUAAAUUUAAUUGGACAAAGUUUUAUAAAUGGACUAGAAAUAUUAUUAAUCAAAUAAAUCAUAAACUCCAUAAAAUAAAAAUGGAUAUUACAUAAAUCCUAAUAAAUUAUUAAUUCAACUUACAUCUCUAGCUGAUUAAAAUAAAACACUUUAAAAAGAAUUAAAUUAGUGCAAGACAAAAUUGUAAGAUGAAUUGCUAUUAAAUAAAGCAUUAGAAAGUAAGUUAGAAGAUAUGAAUAGAUAUGUCAAUGAAUUGGAAAGUACUAAUGAACUAUUGAUUAAAUCUUAAAUUGUUUUAGAAAACAAUUUUUAAAAACUAAAAUAAUUUAUUAUUUAAGGUAAGAAAGAACAAUAACUUAUUAAACAUAAAUACAAUGUUUCUUUGCAAAAUUUAAGUUAAAUGAAUUAGUAAACAAAGAAAAGAUGCAAUUCUGGGUACUGAUAUAUAUUUUAAUAUAAAAUAAUAAAUGAGAAAAAAUAAACCAACAUAAUAAAUUAUUGUCAAUCGUGACAUUUCUCCUUUAAAAAACAAUUAAGAUCCUGAAGAAACAGAAUAACUUCCUAUAAUUAAGUUUAAACCUGUUAGAAAACCAUCAAAAAAGAAUUUUGAGAUCAAAAAGAUUAGGGUUAAAGUAGUCAAUUCUGAAAAAAACUUUGUUAUUAAUAUAAAAUAAAGCAAAUUGAAUCCUAUAUAAAAGGAAGAAUCCCCUCCUUAAAGUGAAACUAGAUAAUCAUAAACUUAGAUUGAUUUGAAACCAAAAGAAGAUAAUAAUCGAUCAUUAUCAACAAUUAAAAAAUCUACACAUUUAAAAUUAGAGAUAGAAGAAACAUUAGAAGAUAAUUUAGAUUCAUAUGUUAAGCUUUACUAUUCUAUUAUCAAUUUGAUGGAUGCUAUGAGGAAGGUAAUAUUAUUUUAUUUUUAAAAGUCAAGGAUGUGAGUGAAUUAGUAGAUUCAAUUAAUAGAUUUUAGGAGGUAAUUGAUGGAAUUCAUUUUUAAGCAUUAGAGAACCUUUUGACUGAAAAUAGCAAGAAAUUUAGAUAAAUUUUAUUAUAAAUAAAAUUAGGAGUAAUUAAAAAUUAUAUUAUAAAUUUUAGAUAAUUGUUGUUGUAAACUGCUUUUUUGAUUAACAUGUUUUUUAGACAAAUAAUGUAAAUUUUAGGAAUUUACUUAUCUAUAAUUUAUAAAAUUAUUUAUUUUUAGGAGAAUUUAUUAUUUAGAAAACAUAAAAAUAAGAAUUAGUUACAAUAAUUAUGCAAAAUAAAAAGUAUUUUGGUAGUAAAAAAAUAGAAUCAAAUACAUAAAUUAGAUAAAAUCUUGAAUUACUAUAAGGGUUAUAUAAGUUAUUAACUAAAUAAUCCAAAGAUCUUUAUUAAUUUUUAAAUUCAUUUUUUAGAUUAAUUCCUAAUUUAAAGAUAGUAGAAAGUAAUUUAAUGCUCUAAAAUUUUAUAUCUCUAUAUUUUACUAUUUAAUAAGGUUAUCAUGGAUUAUUGGGUAUUCCAUUAAUAAGUGUAGCUCAUAAACCUUAUCUUCCUAAUGAAUUUACACAUGAUUUCACUCUUGUAUUAGACAUGGAUGAAACUUUAAUUCAUUUUGUUGAAUAAACCAAGAACUUUUUAGUAAGACCAUAUGCAGAGUAGUUUCUAUAAGAAAUGAGUAAAUAUUAUGAGAUUGCUAUAUUCACUGCUGGAUUACCAGAUUAUGCAAAUUGGGUUCUUGAUUAAGUUGUUUUUAAUAAAUAUAUCUAAUAUAGAUUAUAUCGAUAACAUGCUAUGUAAUAUCAAAAACACUUUAUAAAAGACUUAUCUAGAUUAGGUAGAAAUAUGGCUAAAUGCAUAAUAAUUGAUAAUAUUGCAGCAAAUUAUCAACAUUAAGAAGAAAAUGGGAUUUAAAUUAAGACUUGGUAUAAUGACCCUGAUGAUAAGGAAUUACUUAAAUUAAGUGUUUUUUUAAGAAAAAUAGCCGAAGAAAAUUGUGAAGAUGUUAGGGAUGCUCUUAAAUAAUAUAAAAAUGCUUAAGUAAAUUGA